AUGAUGUCAUCAAAAAGGCCAUUCGAAGAAAUACAUCAGGAUCAAGCACAUUCGCUCCCCGUUGCGUCACAAGUGGCAACUGCGACACCUCUGAUCGAAAUCAAUGAAUCACAGGAGAAGAUCUUUAAAAAGCUCAGGAGACCAAAUGGGACAGAAGAGCCAUCUGAAUUUGAAAAGGAGUUGGUUGACAUGACCCAAGCUGCGCAGGGAUCAAGCGCUCAAGACGACCAAAGCUGGUCAAGACCUAUGCUUCCAGCUGAUUUUGAUCCUAGCAAGGAAGACGUUUCCUUUCAACAAUUAGAUGGUGAAGAAUAUAACGAGAAUGACGCAACUUAUGCAAGAUUUUUUGGAAUCACACAAGAAGGGUACUCGGUGCUCUGCAAUGUAACAGGCUUUGUUCAUUACUUUUAUUCGCCCGUCCCAAAAGGAUUCGUCAAGGACCAGCAUUUGAUACAAUUCACGAGCUAUUUAAAAGCAAACUUUGACGGGGUGGUUGACGUACAGGUUCAAAUGAAAGAGUCCAUUUGGGGCUACAACAAUAACAUCAAAACUCCCUUUUUCAAGAUUUUUGUAAACAACAAUAGAAACAUCACUAGGUUGAGAGGAGCUUUCGAGAAAGCGGAAAUCCGGUUUGAAGAAUUGUUCCCCAUCCAACAAAGUGUCACAUAUGACAACAUCAACUAUCUUUUGAGAUUGAUGAUCGAUUGCAAUAUUACAGGUAUGUCAUGGAUAACAUUGCCCAAAUCCAAAUACAAAUUAAGGCACAACAGAAUCUCAACAUGCCAGAUAGAAUGUUCAAUUGACUAUAAGGAUUUAAUAGCACAUCAAUCCGAAAAAGAAUGGUUGAAAAUGGCUCCCUUGCGUAUAUUGUCUUUUGACAUAGAGUGUGCUGGAAGAAAGGGUAUAUUCCCAGAAGCAGAACACGAUCCCGUAAUUCAAAUUGCAAAUGUGGUUCUGAAAUUGGGGGACUCUAAGCCAUUUGUCAGAAAUGUUUUCACUGUUAAUACUUGUGCAUCCAUAAUUGGGUCGCAGAUAUACGAACAUGAGAAGGAGGAGGAAAUGCUCCUGCACUGGAAGGAUUUCGUAAACGAAGUGGAUCCUGAUGUCAUUAUCGGGUAUAAUACCGCUAAUUUCGAUAUACCAUACUUGUUGGAUAGGGCCAGAGCUUUGAAGGUUCAAAAGUUCCCGUAUUUUGGGAGAUUGAAAAACAUCAAGCAGGAGAUCAAAGAUGCUGUUUUCAGUUCCAGGGCAUACGGAACUAGAGAGAAUAAAGUGGUCAACAUUGAUGGUCGUAUGCAGUUGGAUUUGCUUCAGUUUAUUCAGAGAGAGUACAAAUUGAGGUCGUACACACUCAAUUCAGUAUCUGCUCAUUUCUUGGGUGAGCAGAAAGAGGAUGUUCAACAUUCUAUCAUUACUGACUUGCAGAACGGCAACAAAGAAACUAGAAGACGUUUGGCGGUAUAUUGUCUUAAAGAUGCUUACUUACCGCUUCGGUUAUUGGACAAAUUGAUGUGUUUGGUCAACUACACGGAAAUGGCGAGGGUUACCGGAGUUCCAUUCUCGUACUUGCUUUCCAGGGGUCAGCAAAUCAAAGUUGUGUCUCAGUUGUUUCGAAAAUGUUUACAAGAGGACAUUGUAAUUCCAAAUAUGAAAAGCGAGGGCUCGAAUGAAGAGUAUGAAGGUGCUACUGUGAUUGAGCCCGAAAGGGGUUACUACGAUGUCCCCAUUGCCACUUUGGAUUUCAGUUCGUUGUAUCCAUCGAUCAUGAUGGCUCAUAAUUUAUGCUACACAACCUUGCUCAGUAGAAAUUCGAUAACUGCGUUUGGUUUAACAGAAUCGGAUUAUGUCAAAACUCCAAAUGGUGAUUAUUUUGUCCAUCCUGAUAAAAAGAAGGGUAUUUUGCCUACAAUCCUAAAUGAGUUAUUGACAGCAAGGAAGAAGGCGAAAACAGAUUUGAAAAAUGAAACGGAUCCCUUCAAAAAGGAUGUUUUAAACGGUAGACAGCUUGCAUUGAAAAUCUCGGCAAACUCGGUCUAUGGGUUCACCGGUGCUACUAUUGGUAAAUUGCCUUGCCUUGCAAUCUCGUCUUCAGUCACAGCAUUUGGACGAGAAAUGAUUGAAAAGACAAAGAACGAAGUCCAGGAACAUUAUUCCAAAAAAAAUGGCCAUCCGUUCGAUGCAAAGGUAAUCUAUGGUGACACGGAUUCUGUUAUGGUGAAAUUUGGAUACCAAGAUUUGGAGACUUGUAUGAGACUUGGAGAAGAGGCUGCAAACUAUGUAUCAACAAAAUUUCAAAAACCCAUCAAGUUGGAAUUCGAGAAAGUUUACUUCCCCUAUUUAUUAAUCAACAAGAAAAGGUACGCAGGAUUAUAUUGGACGAGGCCGGACAAGUUUGACAAAAUGGAUACCAAGGGUAUCGAAACAGUUAGACGGGACAAUUGUCGGUUGGUGCAGAAUGUGAUUACGAAAGUGUUGGAGUUUAUCUUGGAGGAAAGAAACGUCGAUAAGGCGCAAAGAUUUGUCAAGCAAACAAUUGCGGACCUAUUGCAGAAUAGAGUCGAUCUCUCGCAAUUGGUGAUUACAAAGGCUUAUUCCAAACACGACUAUUCUGCAAAACAAGCCCAUGUUGAAUUGGCUGAAAGAAUGAGAAAAAGAGACCCAGGUUCAGCGCCGACUUUAGGCGAUAGAGUUGCUUAUGUGAUAAUCAAGUCAGGAGGUGACAAAAACUACGAGAAAUCUGAGGAUCCUUUGUAUGUUUUGGAGAAUUCCUUACCUAUAGAUGUGAAGUACUAUUUGGAGCAGCAGAUGACCAAGCCGUUGGAGAGAAUCUUCAUUCCAAUCUUAGGUGAGUCCAAAACAAAAGAGUUGCUAGCUGGUGCGCAUACGAGAACGAUAAAAAUGUCAGCCCCAAAGACUGGUGGUCUCAUGAGAUUUGCAAAGAAGUCUGAGGUUUGUGUUAACUGUAAAACGCCUUUGAAAGCGGGCAACAAUGGCGCAUUGUGUCACAAUUGCAUUGACGAAGGUAAAGGGCCCGGCUUGUACACCAAUGCUCUUUCGCAAAUGAAUUAUUUAGAAAACAAGUUUUCUCGGUUGUGGACAGAAUGUCAAAGAUGUCAAGGAUCUUUGCACCAGGAAGUUCUUUGCUCGAAUAAGGACUGUCCUAUAUUUUACAUGAGAAAAAAGGUUCAAAAGGAUGUACAUCAACAAGCUUUAGAACUUGUCAAGUGGAAUGAAACGAAUUGGUAG